AUGAUGAUGAGCAUAUGGGAUGGGUUUUCCCUAAAUUCGACACAGAGAGCUGGACCUGACCCUUUGAAUGGAGCAGAAAGCAUUAGGGACUUGUACGAGCUUGCAAGCACAAACUACACCCGCAACACAGCAUUGGAUCUUUACCCUCCCCACCUACGGCUACGAGCUCAAAUCGAUGAGGCCAAUGAGUGGAUAGAUAGCGGGAUAAACAGCGGCGUCUACAAAUGUGGGUUCGCCAGGCAGCAAGGCCCUUAUCAGGAGGCUGUGAAAGAGUUGUAUGAAUGUUUGUACAAAUGUGAGGAGAUCCUGAGCAAGCAGCGAUACAUUUAGUAUAUGCAGUCAGUCCACUUCAAGUGCAACAAGAAGCUGCUGAGGGAGUACACAAACCUCUUCAACUACACAAAGGACAUCUACCAAAUCCCUAGGAUGAGCUCUACUGUGAACAUGUCUCACAUCAAGCGCUUCUAUUACAGAAAGCAAUCCUUCCAUGAACCCUUCUCGGAUCAUCCCUGUUGGCCCAGAUAUCGAUUACUCCUCCCCGCAUCACAGAGGAAAAAAGUUCUAGCUUCUUCGCAGGAAGUACAAUUGCCCUGCACAGGAAAGCAACUGCAUCUAAUUGCAUUGUUUGUUUAG